AUGCGUUGGGACCGAUUUACUACAGAGGCAGCCAAGGAGCGCUACUUAUUUUCGAUAUCACUGAUCAGCGUUCCUUCGAACGGGUUUGCAAAAGUGUGGCUCAAGGAGUUGCAAAGAGCUCUAGGAGAUUCUGUCGUAUUGAUGAUCGUCGGAAAUAAGUUUGAUCUGGCCAGGAACAGAACUGUCACCAUAGAGGAGGCGCAAGAAUAUGCUUCCUCCGCAGGUGCGAUGUAUGAAGAAACGUCCGCUAAAGAAAACGUUGGUAUCGAAAAUGCGUUUGAGAGGCUGUGUAAAGGUGAGCGGUGA